UCAGAAGCCAAGAAUAUUACCGUGUCACUUAUCUUCAUAACUCAACUUCACCGGGAAACAUGGACAAAGGUGUUACUCAAGUUGCUGCUCUUGGUCGACCUUUUACCUUAGGCAUGCUAUAUAAUGCUAACAAAGAUCAAAUCAUCCCAGGUGUUACUCUGUGGGAUGAAACGACCCUACAAAACAUGAUUAUGGAGAAUUCUCAGCAUAGCAGUCAUUUCAAAAUCACCUCCUCUGAUUCCUUGGACAUGAAGUCUAAUCUGCUGGAUGUGAAUGCCUCUCUAAAAGCCAGUUUUCUGGGCGGUCUGAUUGAAGUCGGAGGAUCUGCAAAGUAUCUGAAUGACAAGAAGAAAUCCCACAAUCAAAGCCGCAUAACCUUCCAGUACAAAGCCACCACCGCGUUCAAGCAGCUGAACUUAUCGGCUGAUGAAAUGAAGAAGCAGCUGAAUAUUGCUGAUGACAUGAAGGGUUUGGCCACUCAUGUUGUCACCGGCAUCCUUUACGGUGCAAAUGCAUUCUUUGUGUUGGACAGUAACAAGGUGGACACGAAAACCCUUGAGAAGAUUGAGGGCAACCUCCAAGCUGCCAUAAACAAAUUCCCCUUAUUAAGCGUGAGCGGAGAAGUUGACCUCAAACUGUCCAAGGAAGAACAAGCUGUGGCUGACACAUUUUCCUGCACAUUCUAUGGAGAUCUGAUUCCAGACAAAAACCCUAAAUCAUUCCAGGAUGCACUGCUGACAUACGUAAAUCUGCCAAAGCUACUAGGUGAAAAGAAAGAGCACAGUGUUCCACUGAAGGUCUGGUUGAUGCCACUGAAGAAUUUUGAUCCAUCAGCUUCCGAAGUGAUAAUGGAACUGAGUACUGGGCUUUUGGGAAAGGCUCAAAAAGCCCUGGUAGAGCUUCAGAAGUUGAAAAUAAGAUGCAAUGAUUGUUUGGCAGACAGCUAUCAAUUCCCACAGAUUUCCACAAUGUUGUCAGGGUUCAAGCAAAAGUGUAGCAUGUACGUAGGGAAGCUUCAAGAACUAAUGGCAAAGAAGAUUCCAGGCAUCAGGGCAGGAAAAGAAGACGAGAAAGAGCUGUUGAGAUUCUUGGAUGAGAAAGAAAAGUCUCCGUUCAGUUCAGAGAAAUUAAAUAAAUGGAUGGCAAACAUGGAAAGAGAAUCCAAUGUGAUCAAGUCCUGUGUUGAGGCAAUGGAUGGAGCAAAGAUCCUCCCAAAACAGUCUGACGUUGUUGAGGAGCUUCUGCGCCCCGAAGUAGAGGAUGUCCUCUGCUUCGUUUUUACCUCUCUGGAACCUUCAGAUCCUUAUCUUCAGAAAAUGGCAGAGUACCUGGAGACAAUGGACUUCAAGGCCACAGGGAAUGUCAGUCCAGCCACUGAGGACCUGUGGUACUUCUCAGAAGAAGAAUUAACAAGAAUAAGAGAAAAAGCCGCAGAGAUCGGUGAGCUUGCGGCAGGUCUGAAGAACGAACCAAAAUACAGAUUUGUAGUAACGGCCAUGAAAAACAAGAAAUAUAAAGGAGCGACAAUCUACCACUACAGGAACAACAAACUGAUCACGGAAGAUUUUAAAAGACCCAAUUUUGAUAAUGUGGAAAAAAUAACAGAAAGAAGAGAUCUCCUGUGGUACGCCAGCAGCCUCAAUAUGGAUCCAGACACGGCUCACCCAAACCUCAUUCUCAAUGGAACCAAGAGUGUGACACACGGAGACAAGCAGUCAUAUCCCGAUAACCACCUGAGAUUUCAAGAAGUCUUGCAGCUUAUGUUCAAAGAAAGGCUGACAAAGCGCCACUACUGGGAGAUGGAGCUGAACAUUGAUAAAGGUAGAGAUAGCGCUGCUGGUGUUUCUUACAAAGGAAUACACAGGAAAGGAAAUUUAAAUGAAUGGAAUACCAUUGGUCUCAAUACAAUGAGCUGGUCUUUGGGGUGGAAGUGGAAAAACGACCAACCCAUAUUCUACAUACAGCAUAAUGGAAACUGCGCAGAAAAACCUAUUCCCAAGACCGGCUUGUCCUGUGUUGGCGUGUAUCUGGAUUGGCCCGCUGGUUCUUUGUCGUAUUAUGUAGUCAGAGGUGAGAAAGUGGAUCACAUUCACACUUUCCAUGCCAGUUUCUCUGAGCCCGUUUACCCAUGUCUGAAAAUGUGGGGGGGAAACGGCUACGUGGGCCUGCGUCUGUAAAGACAUUUUGUUCAGUUUGAAACAAAAAAAUGGCUCAAACAGAGGUGUGAGUAAUGAAAGCAAAAGCUCACUAGGUAAUUUACAACAAUCAAUCAAUCAAUCAAUCAAUCAAUCAAUCAAUCAAUCAAUCAAUCAAUCAAUCAAUCAAUCAAUCAGUUCCAAACUUCUCAUCUCUUUUUUGGACUUUUGAUCAUAAUUUAUGUAUGACCCUCAUGUCCCUCCUCCGUAGUUUUUUACUGUCACGUUAAAGUGUGACAGUUUUUAAAAGGCCUGUUUGCCUAAAAGCUGAGAAUAAAUAAGCGAAGGUGAAAAAAAAAAAUUCUCUCCAGCAGACAGGUUCUGACCUGCAGUCCGUGUAACUCAAUGUGUCUCUCCUUGCCAGAAAGCAAGUAAUAAAUCUAAAGAAAGUCGUUAUUUUUUUGUGAGUUUUUUUCCUCUCAGUAACAUAAUUCUUCUUGUAAGGAAGUGGGUGGAAACCCAGUUGGGUUUUCAGGCGAGGGACUUGGCUGGGCUUGGAGUUGCUAUCAGUAACGGAAUUUGUACUGCAGAGGUUUUUGAAACGGUUCAGACUCCAGUAAAACAUUUACUAAUUGCCAAAUCAUGGGGUUUUUUUUGGCUCAUGGAUUGUUUCUAUAAGCAGUAGAAACAAUGAAAGGACAGAAACAGGCAAAAAAGAACAUUUUGCAUAAUAUGUCUCCUUUUUCAUUAACUGUACAACUUUAAAACAAUUGCUUUUUGUGCAAGAAACGACUGCUUGCAUCUUUCUGUUGACAAUCGGAUGAUCUUCAUGUUUUAAAUGCUUUUUUGUUCACUUAUCGCAUCUAUGGGAUAGAUAACUGUGUAUUGUCGAACAUACUUGUGACCUUCCAGGAUUUUAUAUAUGAUUGACAUUGGAAAAAUAUAUGAUGUUGCCAUAGAUAUAGAUUUCAUGUUAUGAUUUAAUUUUUUUUACUAUUUUACAGCUUUGGUGGGGGGUUUAUAGGUUUGCGGUGCUUGAUAAUCAGUUUUUCCUGUACUCGUGUUAUUAUUGAUUCUUAAUGAUUGGUUUACAGUUAUGCUUUCUUUGUUCAUUUCCUGUCACACAAUGUGUAUGUUUGACUAUUUUUGAACAACAUGAUUGCUUUUGAAAAAAAAAAGUUAUAUUAUCACUUCAUUCAUGCUACUGUUCUAAUGCUUGUAGUCUAAUGUUGGCAAAUCUAAUAAAAAGAAUGCAAAUAAACCU